AUGAUCUUGUGCGCGCUCCGAGGUUUGGAGGCUGGUUGGCUAAGACUCGAUCAGGAAACAAAGGAGCAACUGCUGCUGCUGGGCAGUGACGAGGCAUGGUUGUCGAGCGAGGACCUGGCUCAGAAGGAGCACAGAGACGCGGAGCAAAACAUUCAGCAAUCGUCCCUGCAAGCGGAGAGAUUGCUUGGUGCUGGCAUUCAAUACCGGGCUGUUCGUGACCUCCAGUGCUUCAAGAGCCCCUCGACUGAGGACGACAACAAGGUCAUCACCGAGGGACAUGCUUUGGUCGGUUACCCAAGCUACCAUCACUGGAUUCGCCUGGCAGACUCGGAGUCCAAUACGGACUUCAUCUCGCACUGGGUCUUUCAGGAUCCUGGCAGCCCAGCCCUCAAGGCAAGCUGGUGUCGCGUGAAAGUCUCCCAGAACUCGUUUGGUGUGCUGCACCUCAGCUGGCCCGGGCUGGUGGUAUCUCAGCACAGUACCGUCUAUUACUGUCUGGAGUGGAGCAAGCGUGGUGCAGAACAUGCAAAGGGCUCUGGUAUGACUUCUCGUCCGGAGUGUACACUUGCGACUUGUGAUGAAGAGACGCAGUUUCGAGUCAGUGCAUUCAUCAACAGCAAGGAUAGGAGUUUGCAUGUAGCAAGCUUCUGGCAAUCAGAUUGGCAGCUGGAGCCGAUGAAAGCAGAUUCGCCUCGGACGCUGGGAACUGCAACGCAUCCCUCAGAGGGAGAGCAAAGGGGUGAUGAGGGCUCAGCGACGAAUGGAGAGUGCAAUGAGCCUCACGAUGAGCUUAGCGAUGAGCCGACUGGCUUGCAGCCAGCUGUAUCGGAAGAGGUCGGAACAGGCUCAGCCCCUGGGGAAAAUUCAGUGCCUGAGCAUGGCGACGAAGCUGCGCCGACUGACAAUGAACCGGAUUCGGAUGUCAAGAGCUCCGGAGUCACGCACGCUUGUCUUGGCGAAAGCAGCGUGCCUGCGGAACAGGAAGCAUUCAGGCAAUCGCAAGGAAAGGAGGCAGGAUCCCAGGUUUCAGCUGAGGAAGUGAGUGAGCCAAGCAAAGCUGACGCUGACCCUUUUCCAAGCGGCACUAAAGCAGAAGAGCCGCAGCCGCCGUCACCAAGUCCUGAAUCACAACCAAUGAGCCUUGAGACAAAGAAAAUGGGCCCUGCUCAAAAGGCCCGGCAAGCGGCCGUUCGUCGCGCAGCUUUGGUUGCAGAAGAAGUCAUGGGCAAGCCUGUGGAGUAUUCGGUUGUUGCUGAAACCCCGCUGUAUGGCGAGCCGCAAGCAGCGUCACCGCUGUCAAAGAGCACGCUGAAGCCUGGCACCAAAAUUUCAGGCUAUCCAGGCAAUGCGAGUUGGGUCCGUCUGGUGGGCGCGGAAGAGGAAUGGGCUCCCGUAAAGAGCCCUGGUCCUGGGAAGGAGGUUCUUCUCUGCCCGACAUGGGCGCAGCUACAAUCUGAGGCUGUCUUCAGCGAAGCUUUGAUGAUAAGCUGGUCAGGUCUGGCAGCUCCCAAGCCACCGUACGUCGCAGCCUACAGCGUCGAGUGGAGGCUUACGCCGGGCGAGGAGCUUCCAAUUGGUGCAGGAGACGGACAAGACUUCAAGAAGAGUGGUUAUGCAUUGAGUCUCCAGCCACGUGCAGCAGUGCAACUGCGAGCUGGAGUUCGUGUGGCUGCCCAAUCUGCAGGGCAAGCAGAUUUUCGAUUGCUGGGUCCUUGGCAGGAUUUUACUACCGGCAGUCCCCUCACCGAAGAGGAGGAGGCAGAGCCUUCUCGAAGUAUCGAUCCUUUUGGAGCUGCGCGCGGAGACUGCGAGAGCAGCCAAUGCCGCGGCUACGUUGCAGACUUGGAUGCUUUGGCUUCUGUCGGUGCCAAUGCGAACUUCAUGGUCCAAAAGGCAAUUUGUAUUCGCUGUGGCAAGUCAUUCGAGGCGCAUCGGCGCCUCGAGCGCACAGAGGCUAUAAAGAAAAAGAAGAAGGUGACUGAGGCAAGCACUGGCAAACCACCAGAGGAUGACAACAACCUGAAGAACUUCCAA